AUGAAGACAUCUCAACUUUUGACCUUGGCAAUUGCCACUUUCGGCCUCACGACAGGCGCCGUUGCUCAGCGAAACCGUGGUGGAAACAAUGGCGGGAAUGCCGGAGCUGCAACCACCACCGCAAACGCCGCGGCCUCUACCACUGCUGCAGCUGCAGGAGGCAACAAUGGCAAUAACGGAAACAACAAUGCUGGUGGCAAUGCGGGUGGUAACGCUGGCGGCAAUGCGGGCGGCAACGGUGGUGGUGAUGAUCUUACCUUGCUCGCGAGCAACGUCCAAGCUGCUAGCAACUUCAUCGGCAACCCCAAUGCUCAACAAGCCAAUUCCGAUACUGAUCCGGCCAACUUCAUCAACUUCUGCACAGGCAAGACUUUGACCAAUGGAACUCAGAACACCGCCGGGUCGUGUAACGGUGUGGUCAUGGGAGAUAUUCCUUCCAACAACAAUAUGGUCUCGGCCAUUGUUAUCUUCCCUGGCCCCGGAGACGACUUGACCCCCAACCAAUCUUUCGAUAUUCAAGUCCAAUUGACCAAUUUGGUCGCCGGUUCCUUCACCGAUCCCCUCACCACUUACUAUGCUGCUCCUCAAGAACUGCAAGGCGGCAACAUUGUUGGCCAUUGCCACGUCACUGUCCAGGAUCUCGGCGACAGUCUGGCUCCCACCAAUGCCCCGGACCCGAAAACCUUUGCCUUCUUCAAGGGUAUCAAUGACGAUGGCAAUGGAAGAGGUCUUCUUUCGGCCACCGUUGACGCUGGCCUUCCUGCUGGGUUCUACCGUGUCUGCACAAUGAACAGCGCAUCUAACCACCAGCCUGUCCUUAUGCCGGUUGCCCAACGAGGUGCUCAAGACGAUUGCCAGAAGUUCACCGUCGGCCAAGGCAACGGCAAUGCGGGCGGCAAUGCCGGUGGUAACGCAGGUGGCAAUGCCGGUGGUAACGCUGGUGGUAACGCUGGUGGCAAUGCCGGUGGUAACGCUGGUGGUAAUGCCGGUGGUAACGCUGGCGGUAACGCAGCCAGCUCUACCACUGCUGCUGCUGCGACAAGCACCGCUGCUGCAGGCGGAAACGGCAACGGAAAUGGCAACGGCAACGGCAACGGAAACGGCGCUGGCAAUGGCGCUGGAAACGGUGCAGCUACCACCACGUCGGCCGCUUCUUCUAUUGAAACCGGUGCAACUGGCUCGAACUCUACGACUGGAGGAAACACCGGAUCUGGUCGUGGAGGCAGAUUUGGCGGUGGCCGUGGCCGCUACGGCCGUGGACGCGGACGAUUCGCCGCUCGAGACCUCAUUGCAUGA